AUGACAAGCCCUGCCACCAGCCCACCGAACGAGCCAGGCUCAGUCGCAAAGGGGGAAAAGCCGUCAAACUUUGGUACUGCGCCGGAGAAAACAACAGCAAAUGCAGUCGCUCAACCGCCGCCCUAUACGGCCUUCUCUCGCCCGAAGAGAGUGUUUAUUCUCGCGGUGGUCACAGUGGCCGGCUUCUUGGGUCCAUUGGCAGGAAAUAUUUACCUUCCUGCCUUGCCUGUUUUAGAAAAUGAGUUCCAAGUAAGCGCUGCAGCGAUCAAUGCCACUGUUUCCGUAUUCAUGGCGGUAUUCGGUUUCGGUCCCCUCUUUUGGUCGAGCUAUGCGGAUUGGAAGGGUAGAAGACCAUUGUACUUGAUAUCUCUAGUAGUAUAUAUCAUCGCAAAUGUUUUGAUGGCUGUCCUUCCGACGAACUUUGGUGCUCUGGUGUUUCUGCGCAUCGUCCAAGCAUUUGGCUCAUCGGCUGUAGUGUCGAUGGGCGCCGGUACAGUCGCUGAUAUCACGGAACCCAAGCGACGUGCCCGGGCCAUGUCAUACUUCAUGUUGGGCCCUCAGUGCGGUCCUAUUUUGGGUCCGAUUCUGGGAGGCGCAAUCGUUGGUCAAGCAAGCUGGAGAUGGAUUUUCGCAUUCUUGGCAAUACUGGCGGCUGUGCUUUGGCUCAUCAUGCUUCUAUUCCAGCCGGAGACUCUUCGAGCCCGAGUAGGCAACGGAAAGCCGUACAGUGAUAAAGGUUGGGUAUUAUGGCCACCCAGCCCUUUCUCCUGCCUCGCCCCCGAGCCCGAGCGCGGUCUCCCUCCCCCGAAGCCUACUCUAAAAGGCUACUGGCGUCUCUUUACCUAUCCUCCCAUCGGUAUUGUCUCUGUCAACACCGCCAUUCUCUAUUCGUCAUAUUUUGGGAUCGCGGUCCAGCUUCCGACAGCGCUGGAGAAUGUUUAUCACUGGAACUCGACCCAGGUUGGGGCUGGGUAUGUUGCCGUUGGUGUUGCGAUGGUUGUGGGCUCCAUCGUUGGCGGCCGAGUAUCCGACUGGCGUCGAGCUCGCAUGGUCAGGGUCCUUGGAGAAGAUCAAGUCACCCCGGAGACCAGGCUCCGGGACCAAAUUGGAGGCAUAUUGCUCUGCGUCGCUGGUCUAGCAAUGUUUGGCUGGUUUGUUGAUAGGGCAAUUCAUCCGGCAGCAGUGCUGGUGUCAACAUUUCUGGCCAUGGAGAAAAUCACGAAUUCAACAGUGUUGUCUUCCGCUGGAGAGAGCAGCUCCGACCUUGGAACAGAAGAUGAGAGAAGAAAAGCCUUACUCCAAUCUUUUACGUCGGAAGAGGACAAGCGAAUCCGGAGGAAGAUUGACAGGAGGUUCUUGUUUUUGAUUGGCAUGAUGUAUAUUAUCAAAACUUCGCGAAUCAUGUUAACGUGGGGUAUUGUCCUCGCCUGCCAUGCGGCAGCAAAGAACAAACAAACUCUCUGGGCGCUGCGCUUUCUCUUAGGGAUGUGCGAAGCAGGCAUGUUUCCCGGAAUAGCGGCACAACUAUGCGGCUGGUACCGCAGCGAUGAGAUGGGCAAGCCCAUCAUGUGGAUGUUCGGCUUUCAGAACACGUCUGGCAUUGUAGGUUCGCUGUUAGCAUAUGGAAUAUCAUAUAUGAACGGGUUAUGUGGAAUGAGCGCAUGGCGAUGGGUUUAUUUAUUAGAAGGUCUAUUCACCAUCCUCUUUUCCGGAGUCAUCUACCUUGUCCUACCGGACUGGCCUAAGUCCCCCAGGACCAGGAAGUGGCUUUCAGAACGAGAACAGGACUAUGUCGAAGCACGACUAUCCGAGAACGCACCCAAAACAGCAGACUCCGACUUUUCCAAAGAAGAAGUGAUCGCAUCGCUCAAGGAUCCACGAACCUAUGCCUUCAUGCUAUCCCAGGUUCUCGUCAAUUUCUCAGGAUACGCCUUAACAUGGGAGCUUCCGACGAUCACCACCAGCCUUGGAUUUGCCGGGCUUCCACGCAAUCAGUUGCUAAAUAUCCCGCCAUCUGCGGCGGCAGUUCUGGCGAUUAUCUUCUCAGGCUGGUUCCUGAAACAGGCAUAUCUGACUCGCCCUGCAUAUACCAUGUUUUGUAUCAUGGGGCCGAUGCUUGUUUUUUUCAUUUUGCUAACGGUCUUGGAAUCCCGUGUCGGGAUCUAUAUCUCGUGCGUGCUGGGCAAUAUGUUUUAUUCGGUAUAUUUCAUUCCGUUCUGGGCAUGGCGAACAUCAUCUCUAAAAGGCACUACUGGUGCCGCAUUCACGUUAGCUUUCCAGUCAUGUGUUGGUCAGGUCGGCGGCGUUAUUGGACCGCAACUUUUUCAGUCCAAGUUUGCAUACAACGGAUAUAAAACCCCAUUCGGCAUUUGUGCUGGUGUAAUUGGUGCCGCCUGUCUAGCGAACCUAUGGACGUGGUGGUUGACAAGGAAUGUUGAGUGGGAUGUCCGUAGAAUCCGUCGGUUAAGAAUCAAGGAGGAGAAGCAGGGCCGUAUAUAUGCCGAGGACGAUGUAAAGGUCUAUCAGGAGCGGCAGUUCUACAAAGGGGUGACAAAGAGGGAAUCUGAGACGAAUGUGGCUGAGGCAGUAUAA